AUGGGUUAAUGUCGUAUAAUAUCGGUAGGUGAAGGUCAUCGCCGGAUGCCAAUAUCGUACUAUCAACGAAUUUGUGGUGCUGUAGCAUUUAUGUUCUACGUCAUAUAUAUAUAUAUAUAUUAUAAACAAUUUGUUGUCGAUCGUUAAGUUAUAACAUCUUUUAAAUGAUACGUUAUUUUCUCCUUUCAACUUUCAAAGUUGUAAAAAAAUUGAAAUAAUUCUUUUCAUAACCUCAUUUCAUCGAUUUCAAAGGAAAAAAUAAUUUGCAUCAUCAGAUUCGUAUUUUCAAUUUAUCUUUCAUGACUCUUAUUAAUCUAGUACCAACGAAUCCAAUCUUUUUUAAUAUUUCAAUAAACAAAAGUGCAAAAUGAUUUUGAAUGAUUUUCUCACGAUCAACGAUGCGAUCGAACAAACUUAUAUCCAGCGUUUGGUAUAGUAUAUACGCUAUAGUACGUUUAUGUUAUUCAACCAAUAUAUUUUUGGAAAAAAUGUGGCGUGAGAUUAGCGUAUCCUAAAGUAGCCGUUGCAAGGGAAAGAAACCUUUGUGCGUAGCCUACAAUGUUAUUGUAUUCCCAGCACGUAUAGGCAAUGGGAGUUCGUUAUUACGCCUACUUCCGGUGGUCGGUUCGUGACGCGGAGUCGCACAAGCUUUAACGGACUGUUCGAAUAUUUCAAGUAUUUCCCUCGCGAUCAAAUAUUCAACCAAUCGUUUACACGUUCUUCGAUGCAACAAGGUAUGCAACAAAGUAUACAUACGUAAAUCGUAUUAAUUAAAAAGAUGAUUUAAACCGUUCGUUUGUUUCUAGAAAUCGAAAAUGUAAUUCUUCAAACAAUUUUUCUAAAAUUCAUUGUCAAAAUACCUAUAUACCUGCAUCUCUUCGUGUGAAAAGUACAAGCCGCUUUCGAAAAUAUCGAAGAAGCCAAUCCCUGGCUGGAAUUUUAGAACAGCUGCAGGCGCAUACCUAAGCGAUAGCCGGCCAGCCUUGCCUCAGGUCUCUCAGAAACGCUCGUAAACUCGAUCCCUCGUCUCAACUCGAUCCAACUCGACUUGACUCGGUUUGACUCGAAUCGGGAUACAUAGAUAGACAAAAAUCGCUCUGGUUUUCUACAGAUUGCAGCCGAAACAAAUUAAGUAUGUAAGAUACUUAACCUGCUUUCUCAAACUCCUGAGAAAGCAUCUUGUUUGUACCGACUCGCAUAGUAUUAACCGUUUUCGUAAUACGAAAUCUACGAACGAGCAAUAUAUAAAACUAUUCUAGAGAGAAAAAAAUUCUUUCGUUUGUAAAACAAAUUUUUUUUUUUUUUUUUCAUUUCCUUCGAUCCAAUUGUUUUAAAUUAUUUCGAGAUAUUUAUUUUGCCCAUCGUAUUAUUAUCUUAUUAUUAUUUCGAUGUAGCAUUAGAGAAUAAAUGUAAGCGUUUUCCCUGGAUGACCAAUAACACGGAUUGCCUAGACCGUUUCCUGCGGCAAUAACCUUCCCCCUGGAGUCGAAUUAUCGUCGCUCUUUAUGUGCCGUUGUCGGAUCGACAGGAUACAGGUUCUUUAAAAGUAACCAAAGGCAAUUAAUUAAAGCCGGAUGCGUUGAUUGACCUCUGAAUAAGUUUAUCAGGGUUCGAGGAUCGAGAGGCUUGGCUCUUUCGUUCCAACGUUCGUUUGGAACCGAUCGCUUAUAAUUUAUAACGCGUCCACGAAAUUUGUUCUAUAUAUGUGCAUUAAAAAACACGGCAUAGAUACAAGGCUUUGAACGAUAUAAAAAUAAGAUUUUCUAUAUACGCGAUUAUAAAUAAAUCUAGUCUCUUUCAAUCUAUUUCCGAUAAAGAAGAAAAAUAACCAAGUAUGAAAAUAGGUGUAAUAGGAUCGAUAAUCGAACGUCCACGGAUACAAAGUCUCUUUAAUCGAUCGUUGCUCGGAAUUCCAGGUCAUCGAGGGGAGAAAACUCUAUAUCGAUGGAUCUUCUGCAUUCCGUUGAUUUUUGAUUUUAUGCGUGCAAUAAAAAAAGAUACAACGAUGAAUCAAACGCGUUUAAUAUGCGGGGAACGCGAACGAGAAAUUUGGUCGGAUCGGAAGAGAUGGAAUAUUCCUUGUUAGGAAUAGUCGAAUGCAAAGUAUAUACAUUACUUCUACACGUGUGUAUAUCACAGCAUGUGGUUAACUGUAAAAACGUAUAUCUUAGACUGGCUACGAGUAGCUAGCGUUGUCACCAAUGCAUGUACGUUACGAAUCGAAAAAGCAUCGUCACCUGACACCUAAGAAGCUUUGCUAAGAACUUCGGCACGACGUUCGCUUAUCUCUUCGCUGCGAACGAACAGCGGCGCAACCGGCAACGUCUUAUGGACAAUUCUCCUUUUCACCUUGAGCGAUAUAUCGAAUUACCUAUAUUCGACAACAAGCUUGACCUAUUCGCUAUUUCCACGAGUCUCGUAAACAAAGUGCGCACGCAAAAAUACUCGAGUGAGAAAUUUUCUUUCUUCUUUUUUUUUUUUGCCUACUUGCAGUGUUUUUUUUUUAAAUAUAACCUCACGACAAUGACGACAAAUCAUUAAGUCAGUUUCGGCUUUCGUAAAUACGUGUUUCGAGAUUGCUUGUGUCUCGAAGAAGCGCACUGCUCCUCGCAUGCUAACUCGUUGCGAAAGUAACAGUGGAAAAAAUGCUCAACUUACGCUUUUAUACGAGGAGGUGCGAGCGAAACGUAAAUAUGAUUUUAAUAUGUGAUUUCGAUAUAUAAGAGAGAAGGGGAAAAAAUUUUCCAUUCAAGAAUUUCAACGAGCGAGAAAAGCAGCGGAAUCCACUGGAUUUUGCUAUAUCACGGUUAUUUAUCAUCGUUCGACUCGGGGAUCUAGAUAUCGUUAGACCACGUCCAUUCACUUUGUUCGCGGGUGUAUCGCGAAAAAAAGAAAGAAAGAGAGCCGUAUUAGGUCAGUAGCAUUCGGGUGUUCGUCCUCGAUGGAAAGAAGAAUAAUAAUAAGAGGAAUUCAGCCUUCUCCUCCUUCCUUCUUAUCCUCGAUUCUCUCGGUUGGGUUAGGCUUGCCCCGAGUGACUCUUUCGAGUAACGGCAUCUCGGACCCAUCCUCUUCCUUCUCGUUCGACUUUACCACUCGCCUCCGAAUACUUUCAACAUUCGCGUUCACCGACACACACGCUGCUCCUCCUCCUCCUCCUCCUCCUCCGCCGCCGCCUCCUCCUCGUCCUCGUCCUUUCUCUUUUUCUUCUCUUCUUUUGCCCCCCUUCUUCCCUUUUUCUACUCUCUCGCGCGCACUCUACGUUACGCUACGCAACACAGAGCGUAUGUAUAUCCGCCUGUGCGGAUACGCAUUCGAGAAUUUAACGUGAAAGAAGAAUUCCACGCUGUGUGUACGUUCGUUAUCAUCGUGUUUUUCUAUGAAUUUCCCAAAACCUUUCUUUCUUUUCUUCUUCGAAACAAUACUCAUUCUCUCUCUCUCUCUCUCUCUCACGAUAAUGCUCGAUUGCACGGAAUACCUGAAUGCGUACGCGGCCAAACGAUCUCCUAUCUUUCCCGACCGAUGACGAAACACGUUGGAUGAGUAAUCGGUGAUGAAUAACGCGAACAUUAGCGAGACGAUACGGUUACAAAGCAACGCGUAAUCGUGUAGACGAAAGAGAGAAAGAGUUCGAAAAUCGAACGACUCAUUUUCACUCUUCUCCUCGCGGUAUAUUCGUGGAAAAUUAGUACGCGCUUUUGAAAGUGAAAUCUCGACUCGAAUAGUGGAAUGACAGUCGAUCCCCGCGCUUAAUGCAAGCUUUCCAAGGUUACAAGCAGAAUGAAGAGAUGAUCGCGAGCCUGUCGAUACACAGUGGCGGCGGAGGCGGCGGCGGUGGAAGCAGCGGAGGCAGCAGCGGAGGGCCGAGCAGCCGCGUGGGUCGUGGAUUGGCCCUUCACAGGUCCAAUUCGAGCCUGGAGCUUCCUCACAGUCCAGACCCUGCCUCUCGAGUGCCGGAGACUCCCCUGCGCAGGGAGUAUGGAUCUCACGGGAGCAUCGACGUAGUGGCACAGUCGGGAGUGAUGAUCGGGGAGAACCUGUUCGCCAUGCUUCAAGACUUGAGGCCGCCCGCGUCGGUGGCCUCGUCGACGCCUGACCAGCGGAACUCGGUUGGCAUGGAGUACCUGAGACGCGUGCCCGACGGCCAGUCGGUUGACGUGGACGAGGUGUGCGGCCCGACCGGCAACUCCAGCCCGAAACUGCGACUGAAAUUGCACAGACUGUGGGGCGCGAAGGCGGCGCCGCGCGCCAUGGAGGAGAGCAGCGGCUGCGGCAGCCCCGUCGUCUCGGCCGACGUCGAGGAGAGGCACAGAAGGCGGGCGUUCGCCCACUACGAUUGCCAGUCGCUCACAGCGAACCUCGGCUACGCCGCCAAGCUGAGGGGCAUCCUGCUCGCGCGCAGGAGGAACACCGCGACCGGCGCCUCGGCCGCGAGCUCCUUCAGGGCAUCCACGCCCGACGAAACCCCCGAGGAGGAUGCCGGCGACGGGAGAGGCAACGAGCUGCUGGAGUCGUGCCCCUUCUUUCGGAACGAGAUCGGCGGCGAGGGGGAGCGGGAGGUGGGGCUGACUCGGUGCUCCCCGGGCAACGGAGUUCACAGGCCGUCCCUGUCGUACGGCGUCGCCGUUCUGGAGCCGGGGCCCGGCGAGACCUCCUGGAAGCACACUUGCCCCCUUCAGAAACGGCCGCUCCCUAUCGAGAGCGUGGACGAGGGCGCCCACUAUUACCGACGCUACUUCCUCGGCCGAGAGCAUCAGAAUUGGUUCGGCAUGGACGAGCAGUUGGGCCCCGUGGCGAUCAGCAUUCGAAAGGACGGGAACCAGUACAGGGUGAUCGUGCGCACCUCGGAGCUGCUCACGCUCCGCGGCUCGGUGCCGGAGGAGGCGCUGGGCGGGAUAAGGCCGCAGGCUAGGGUGCCCACGAGGGAGCUGUUGGAGCUGGUCGCGCCCGAGGUGCAGCUCGGCUGCCUGCGCUCGGGGACGGCGGCGGCCGAGGAGGCGCUGGCCAGGCUGGACGAGCAGGGGCUGUCCAACAAGUACAAAGUCGGCGUGCUGUACUGCAGGUCGGGGCAGAGGACCGAGGAGGAGAUGUACAACAACCAGCACGCCGGGCCCGCCCUCCUCGAGUUCCUCGACACGAUCGGGCAAAGAAUAAGGUUGAGGGGGUUCGAGGGGUACAAGGCGGGCCUGGACACGAGGACCGACUCGACCGGGACCCACGCGGUUGCCGCGACCUACAGAGGGGCGGAAGUGACGUUCCACGUGUCGACCAUGCUGCCGUUUACCCCGAACAACAGGCAGCAGUUGCUGAGGAAGAGGCACAUUGGAAACGACAUAGUCACGAUCGUGUUUCAGGAACCUGGCGCGUUGCCUUUCAGCCCGCGCAGGAUACGCUCCCAAUUUCAACACGUGUUCAUCGUGGUCAGGGCCGUCGAGCCGUGCUCCGACAACACUCAGUACAGAGUGGCGGUGUCCAGAAGCAAGGAGGUGCCGGUUUUCGGACCACCGGUCCCUCAGGGCGCGGCGUUCGCCAAGGGGAAAGCGUUCGCCGAUUUCAUCUUGGCGAAAGUGAUCAACGCGGAAAACGCCGCGCACAGGUCGGAGAAGUUCGCGACUAUGGCGACCAGGACGAGGCAGGAAUAUUUGAAAGAUCUCGCGAGCAAUUAUUCCUCGACCGCUGUGGUCGACACCGGGCAGAAAUUUUCUAUGCUGUCGUUCAGCAGCAAGAAGAAGACCGCGGUACGGCCGAGGUUGUCCUGCGACGCGAUGCAGCGCGGGGCCAUAUGCUGGCAGGUGAUACUCGAGGACAGCAAUCAGAACACGGACUGUUACCUGGGAGCGAGCAUAGACACGAUCGUCCUGAUCGAGGAACAUUCGAGGCAAAUCGUAUUCGUCACUCCAUGCGUGAGCGUGCUGGGAUGGCACGCCCAAACCAACAGUUUGAGAUUGUACUAUCAUCAGGGAGAGUGUAUCACGAUCCACGUGCGCGGUGAUUACGGGGAAAGGGACGAAUUGAUGGAGAUAGUGGCUCGCCUGCGCGCCGUAACACCAGGAGCCCCGGCCACCGAACUAUCCUUGAAGAGGAACAGCUUGGGUCAAUUGGGUUUUCACGUUCAACCAGACGGAGUGGUAACCCAGGUGGAGAGUAUGGGGCUCUCCUGGCAAGCGGGGUUGAGGCAGGGGUCUAGGCUCGUCGAGAUAUGCAAAGUAGCCGUGUCCACUUUGAGCCACGAUCAGAUGGUCGAUUUGUUGAAAACGAGCGCUCAGGUCACUGUCACUGUGAUACCACCGAACAACGAUGGUAAUCCAAGGAGAGGCUGUACGCUGCAGAAUUGCCAGUACUUGUCGAGCAAUUACGAGGGGGACUACGAAAAUGUGACCAGUCCGGAUAACACGCCAACUCAGCAGGCAGCCAUGCCCCAUCAGAAACGGUACGAGAGAUCUUUCAGCCCGCCACGAUCGAGCAACAGUUCGGGUUAUGGGACAGGAUCUAGCUCCAGAUCGUUCAACGAUCCGCGUUUCCCCAUGGAGGGGACGAUGACGAGUAGUAGUAGCGGGCACAGCAGCAACGAAGAUCGUUGGUACGAGCUGUUGGAACCGCAGGAUCAGGAAGGUGCCGGGUAUCGUGCCAAUGGCGGCACUCCCCCACCACCGCUCCCAGCCAGGCAAUCCUUUCAGAUGAUCGGUCCGAAAUCGUGCCAGAAGAAGGAUAAAGAGUCCCAUUAUGCGAGCGCUAAACAAUUUUCCGAGAGUUCGAAGCACCACGGCCACGAUCAUUAUCCGAAAGAGAGCAAUUACGUGUCGCCGAAGGUGGUACAGGAUAACAUGAGACACGAGAAUUAUCAAAGGCAAUUGGACAACGCCCAUCGUAAUCAGGACCACGUUUCUUCCAAUUACGUGAAGCUCCAAAAGGAGAAAUACGAGAUGAAGCAAGAAAAUUUGUACGCGUCUCAGAGGGAGCUUCAAAAGAGCGAUAUGCAUUACGUGACUCAUCAAAAGUUGAGCGCAUCCAACUCUUUACCCUUGGCCCAGAACGCGGCUUACAGUCUUCCAAAGUCUAGCAGUAACAACAAUCUCGGCAGAUGCAACGAAGGGUACGAGCACGAAGGGAAACAGGAGAGAAAUUCCAAGUACGACGGGCAGGAUGAAAAAUUGUUGGAUAGAGCGUCGUGCAAAUACGAGCAAGAUGUAAGGGGCCACGAGGCUAAGAGAGGGUCGACGAUCAAUUAUGAUUAUCCCGAGGAGAUAUACGAGAGACGGAACAGCAAAUACGACAUGGAUGUGUCGAACAAGUACGAAAUCGAGUGCCAACACAAUAUCAAUAUCAACGAGAGGAAGCACGGCGACAGUCAAAUUGAACCUAACCGGGACUCCUCCAUACGAUACGAUUUGCCGCACGAGUUCAAAGUUGGAGAGAAGGUCACGUGUUUGAAAACCAGCAUCAGCGAGAGGCCCGUCCCUCACAAGAUAAACAUCGAGUAUCGCCAAACGAAAGACUUCGCAACGAGCCUCCCCCCCGAAAUGAGAAUCGUCGAUGUCAAUUGUCCGGAGGUGACUACAUUACCGAGCGAGGAUGAAUUGUCGAACGGAUCCGGGAGCGUGUCACCUCGGCUGAGAAGAGCGAACAAAUCGCAUCGUGGGGGAAAUUUAACGCCUUCGAGCGGUGGUUCGAGGAAUCAGAGUCCAAGGCCGAAGCCGGGCGUACGAAAUUCGCACAGGAAUUCGGCGAAUUUAACGUCGAGUACGCUUCAGGAAGAUCUGAUGAAACUGAUCAAUCCCGAUUACAUCGGGGACGACGAUCAAAUAAUAACGAAUAACAACGUGACCGCGAACGCGCUGAUCGCCAAUCAGAAUACGAACAAGAUGAACAACAACAACAAUAUGCUCGAGAUACAGAGCAGGUGUAGAUCGAGAGAGAAUUUGUGCGGCGGUAAUGGGAACGCGUUGACCGUGUUGCCGGCUAACGGCCAGGAGAACGGCAACACUGGAUCCGAAGUUAUCUUGACGAUGGCCAGGCCAGCCACGGUUAUUUCGAAUGCAAGCACAGCGUCGAGUCCCGCGCCGAGCGAGAAUAAAUUGUCGAAGGAAGAGAGAUUGUCACCGCGCGUUACCAAACCUCCCCAAUCGAUUUCCAAAGCAUCGGCCAACUUGACGCCGUCCAUCAAAGACGUCGCGAAAAAUCAUAACGAUACGGACGUGGACCGUUGGCCACAAAUUCACCACGUGGAUUCCAGAUCGAAGCAGCACGCCCAAGAAUGGCCCGACGAGAGACUUAUCGAUGGAUGCAAUACCAUCGCAAAUUCUGUGUCGGACUUGCAGUCUCAUUUGUCCACCCUUGAACUGAGAGUAGCCAGAGAAACUCGUCGAAGGCUUUCCCUGGAGGACGAAGUGCGUCGUUUGCGGGACGAGAACCGACGUCUGCAGGACGAGAGUCACGCGGCUGCGCAACAACUUCGACGUUUCACCGAGUGGUUUUUUCACACGAUAGAUCAUCAAUAAUCUUCAAACAAAUAUCGUAAUUCGAGGACAAUCGUUGGAACACAUGGAGCAGUUUCUUUUUCUUGUUUUUUUUCUCUUCUACAACCUAUCGUUCUAAAGUUACAAUCAUUUUGUUUUUUCUUUUUUUUUCGUAAGAGCAGUAUUAGUUUUCUCGAACAUCGACUAUCGCGUAUUCUCUUAGAGAUUAACGGGCGAAUGGAAAAGGAGGCAAUUUUAGAAUCGUCGCACGUGCAUACGCGUUAACGCGAAUUCUCAACUAUGUAUACGUGUAAUGCGCGUUUGUUCGCGAUAUCGUCACGAGCAUGCAUGCUCGGUAUUUUGUAUUAUAAAUGUUAUACUUUAAGGUAGCUAAUAAGAGUACAAUGUAAGUUACCAUCGUGUCACGCUCCAUCGAACUCUUCAUCCAAUGUUUACGAGAAAAAAAAAGAAAAAAAAAAAAAGUAGUGUGUAGAUGAGAGUAGCCGGCUUUAGAAAGUUGACUCGAAGAACGUUGCUUACGAUGCGCGUUGAUCACGAUUACAUCUCACUUCAAAAAAAAACGACCAAAUAUUGUUAGUUGUUUAAGAGCCACUUUAAUUCAUUCGUAAUUUAUUACGUAUUUUUUUAUAUCAUCGUUAAAGGAUCGUUCUCGUGCGUGUUUUUGAAACAUUCCUCGGUUACGGAAAUGCCACACCAACCACCCUUGCGAACCUGCCUUGGCCGAACGAGACUUAAACGCGUUAAUUCCUUAAAUCUGGAUCUUCUUCUUCGCAACUGAUAAAGAUGAUAAAGUGUAAAGCGAUGAGACAAAAAUCGAUCAAUAAAAAGAAAUGCACCUCA